UUCGACCAGCAACGUUGGGAAUCACGCCAAGGGCAAAAAUGGCGUUCGCCGUGCCGCAAGCAUGGCUCGGCGUUUCUCGUGCCGUGCGUUUCCCCCGGUCGUCGUACGGUUUGAAUUCGACGAACUCUGCCUUCCGGCACAUCUGCUCCGUCCACUUACUCAGGAACGGAAAUGUAAAUACUUCCCUAUUUCGUAGUUCUCUCGGGGUCAGGUGCUACAGCUCGCCCUCCCAGCGCAAAGGUUUCUUCGGACAGGUGUUCGAGAACAUCAAGCAAGAGAUGGUGCAAAACAAGGAAAUGAAAGAAAGUUUAAAGAAGUUUCGCGAGGAAGCCGCGAAACUCGAACAGUCGGAGGCGUUACGGAAAGCCCGGAUGAAGUACGAGAACAUCGAAGCGGAGACGGCGAAAGGCUCGCAGCAGAUCAUGGAGCAGCUCGAAUCGCUCAAGGAGAAGAUCAAAGAAGGCAUUGAAGAAGCCCAGAAGAGCGAGAUCGGCAAGAAGAGCCGAGAGCUGACCGAAGAGCUCGCCAAGUCGGCCAAGUCGGCGGCGGAAACGUUAGCCAAGCAGGGCGAUCAGCUGGGCAAGUCGGGCGCCUUCCAGGCGGUGUCUUCGGGCAUCAAAGCCGUGAAGACGGAGAUCGACGAAGCGGCGGCGGCCGGUGCUCGCGUCUACAGGGCUCCGAAGACGCUGCGGAAGCGCUCCGAGCUCGGCUCGGGCCAAGCCGACGCCCGAGUCGUCGCGCCCAACGAGGAGGCGACGGGCGUGGAACUUCACCGCGACUCCCGCUUGUACCAAAGCUGGCAGAACUUCCGCGACAACAACCCGUACGUGCACAAGUUGUUCGACCUGAAGACGCGCUACGACGAAAGUGACAACCCUUUGGUGCGCGCCUCCCGCUCGCUCACCGACAAGGUGUCCGACAUCUUCGGCGGACUCUUCCAGAAGACCGAGCUCUCCGAGGUGCUCACCGAGAUCUGCAAGAUCGACCCGAGCUUCGACAAGAACGAGUUCCUGCGCAUGUGCGAGACCGACAUCAUCCCCAACCUGCUCGAGGCCAUGGUUCGCGGUGACCUCGAGAUUCUGCGCGACUGGUGCCACGACGCGCCCUUCAACGUGAUCAGCACGCCCAUAAAGCAGGCCAUCCAACUGGGAUACCGCUACGACUCCCAUGUGCUCGAUGUGAUGAACGUCGACCUAGCCAUGGGCAAGAUCAUGGAGCAGGGGCCCGUACUUAUUGUUACCUUUCAGUCGCAGCAGAUCAACGUGGUGCGCAACAGCAAAGGCGAAGUGGUCGAAGGCGACCCGGAGAAAAUCUUGCGCAUACAUCACGCCUGGGUUCUCUGCCGGGAUCAGAACGAGCUCGAUCCCAAGGCUGCCUGGAAGUUGAUGGACUUGUCGGCCUCCUCGUCGGCGCAGUGGCUUUGAGUAGUCUUCAGAUGUAGCGCGCUUGUGUUUUUUAAAAAUUAGGACUCAUUGCAAUUUAAGUAGUAUGGAUGUGUGUACAGUGCUUGAUGCUCGAAAUAAUACCACUAUUUUGGCUGCUCGUCGUGCGAGGCAUGCGAGAGCCAGAACACACCACAAUCAUGCUCCAUCCCUCAUUUCAUGAUGGAUUGUUACGAAUGGCAUGCCAGAUGUUUACAAAUACAACGUCAGCUUGUGUUCAAAGAAUAGCUAUAUCGUCACCAAAGCAUUAAAAUAUAAGCUUGGAACAUUU